AUGGCUUCAGAGGGCAAAAGUCUACCGGAUUUCCCAGAAGCGAUCCCUUCGAGCCAUCGAGCACAUAACGUAACUGUCGCUAUCGACCCUGUAGCGCUGGUGGUCACAGAAUGUAUCACAGUCACCUCCGCAAUGCGGAAACAUGCCCGCUGGGCACAUAGCAGCAUCUCCUCGAUCUUGGGUGGAAGUAACAGUCCAAGACCCAAUCCAUCCUCCAGAGCGACCAACCACGACCGAGAAGGGAACCUACGAAAUCGAGCGAGUUCGAAAAUCGACCUGGUUGAGGACUACGGAUCAUUUGCGAGCAAGAAACAGCAUGACAGGAGCGAGGAUGAAGGUACAUCGAGAUGGGGACUGCGCGGCAAGAAGGGACAGAGCAUGCAGGACAAUCCACUCAUGAGCUCUUUCGCAAAGCUGAGAGCCGAGUUGAAGCAUUGCAGUGAUUUGCAGCAUUUUGAAACAGAUGCGCUGUUGGAGCCGUUUCUGAACGUCAUUCGAAGCUCUUCGACUACCGCACCAAUCACCAGUCUGGCUCUCAUUGCAAUCACGAAGCUGCUCGCGUACGAGGUGAUCAACAAGGACUCUCCCAGAUUCGCCCACGGCAUGCGAUUACUGGCGAGUAGCGUGACGCAUUGCAGAUUCGAAGGUGACAACUCUCCAAGCGAUGAAGUUGUAUUUCUGCGCAUCUUGAAGCUCAUGGAAGACAUGAUCACUGGCCCGAGCGGAGAAGUUCUAGGUGACCAAAGUGUAUGCGAAAUGAUGGAGUGCGCAUUGAGUAUCUGCUGUCAUCUCCGAAUGAGCGAGGUCUUGAGACGAAGUGCUGAGAUCAGUAUGGUGACCAUGUGCCAGACCAUCUUUGCAAGGUUGAAGACGCUGGAAGACGAAUUUGAGGGCGAGGCUGAAGAUAUGGAGGGCGAGCUCGACAAGGAUGAGCUUAAUGCUGCGAGGAUUGAUUCAGACCCCAAUGCGGAUGGCGUCGGGCCCGAUGCUAUGAAUAAGAUGCGACAGGCGAGUUUAGAGGUUCCUGGUGUGGCGAAUGGGACUGAGAGGCCGAGUACCGAUAUGAGUGGCUCUCAUUUGGAUCUCUCGAAAAGUGGUGAGGGAGAAGACGACGAGCCAGCGGAAAUCAAGCCAUAUGGACUGCCAAGCAUAAGAGAGCUGUUCCGCGUGCUUGCGGACCUUCUCGAUCCUCACGACAGGCAGCGCAACGACACUUUGCGCGUCAUGGCUUUACGAAUAGUCAAUGUCGCCCUCGAAGUCGCUGGUCCUAGCAUCGCCACCCAUCCUAGUUUGGCGUCUCUUGCAAAGGACACGCUCUGCCGAAAUCUGUUUCAGCUGGUCAGAUCUGAAAAUAUCGCCAUCUUGCACGAAUCGCUCAGAGUUGCAGGCACCCUUUUGGCAACAUGUCGAAGCUGUCUCAAACUACAGCAAGAGCUCUUUCUGUCGUACGUGGUAGCUUGCCUACAUCCUCGGAUCGCAAUACCGGAAGAGCCAGGAAUAGAGCCAUCUCUAUAUCAGGGCGUACCUUCAGCGCCGUCAUUGGCAAGGCCACAGCCUCACGCAGCAUCGCCCGGAGCACCUUCAAGCGGCAGAUCCACUCCGGUGCCCGUGCGAGAUCGACAGAAGCUGGGCAUGGAAGGCGGCUCGCGGAAACCUGACGCCCGAGAAGCCAUGGUCGAGAGCGUUGGCGGACUUGUGCGCAUGCCGAGCUUCAUGGUCGAGCUGUUCGUCAAUUAUGACUGUGAAAUCGACCGAAGCAAUUUGUGUAUGGACAUGGUUGGCCUUUUGUCGAGAAAUGCCUUUCCAGACUCUGCGACAUGGAGCACAACGAAUGUGCCGCCUUUAUGCUUGGACUCAUUGCUAGGCUAUGUGCAGUUCAUCGCUGAGAGACUGGACGAUGAGCCGAAGACUGCUGGACUGCCCGAUGUGGCUGCGCUUCAGGAGCAGAGGAGGAAAAAGAAAAUCAUCAUUCGUGGGGCUACGAAAUUCAACGAGAGUCCGAAGGGUGGCAUUGCAUAUCUCGCGGCACAGGGCAUAAUCGAGGAUCCAAACGACCCGCAUUCCAUCACCAAGUUUCUCAAAGGUACGACCCGAAUCGACAAGAAGGUGCUUGGAGAAUUUAUAUCGAAGAGGUCGAAUGAAGCCAUUCUCGAUGCGUACAUGGACCUCUUCGACUUCGGUCAUUUACGUGUCGACGAAGCUUUACGGCAAUUGCUCAACAGCUUCCGACUUCCAGGAGAAUCUCCGCUCAUCGAACGUAUUGUGACUGUCUUCAGCGAGAAAUAUAUGAAGGCUGCUCAGCCAGAGCACAUCGCCAACAAUGACGCUGCUUUCGUUCUCAUUUACGCCAUCAUUAUGUUGAAUACCGACCAAUAUAACCCGAACGUCAAGGCCCAGAACCGAAUGAAGCUGGAGGACUUCGCUCGCAAUUUGCGAGGUGUCAACAACAACGAGAACUUCGAUCCAGAGUUUUUGCAAGAGAUCUACGAGGCAAUCAAGAGUCGAGAGAUCGUCUUGCCUGAAGAACACGACAACAAGCAUGCAUUUGAGCAUGCUUGGAAAGAGCUUCUCGUGAAGACUCAGACGGCCGAGAAUUUGGUCAUCUGCGAAACGAAUAUCUAUGAUGCAGAUAUGUUCGCGGCCACAUGGAGACCGAUAAUCUCGACACUCAACUACGUCUUCGUCUCUGCCACUGAAGAUGCCGUCUUCCAGCGGGUGAUACUUGGCUAUAGCCAGUGUGCACAAAUUGCGGCCAAGCAUGGCAUAUCGGAAUGUCUUGACCACAUCAUCUGGAGUUUGGCCAAAAUCUCAACGCUUGCGACCGAGACACCGCCCAGCACCCAGCUGAAUACUGAGGUACAAGCGAGUGGGAAGUCAAUCAUGGUCAGCAGGUUUGCUGUUGAAUUCGGGAGGGACCACAAGGCCGAGCUGGCAACGCUAGUGCUUUUCCGCAUCAUUAAUGGUCAUGAAGCAGUUAUUAGGGAUGGCUGGACUCAGGUUGUUCGAAUCAUCGUGAACCUUUUCGUGAAUUCUCUGGUUCCGACUAGCUUCACUUCUAUCUCACGAGACCUCGAUCUGCCGGAGAUACCCCUGCAGAGUCCAGUACAGGUCAUUGAGCGCAAUGAGAAGUCGAGCGAGGUUGGCCUUUUCAGCGCCUUCACCAACUAUGUCAGCAGUGUCAUGACCGAUGAACCUCCAGAGCCGAACGACCAGGAAAUCGAGGCUACUCUCACCACGGUGGACUGUAUAAAUGCCUGUCGGUUUGAAGAGAUCUUGGGGAAUGUUUCGGAAUUGCCAAUCAGCAGUCUGAAGAGCCUCACACUCUCGCUGUUGAGUCAUAUGCCCGAAUCUGAGAGUCCAAGGGUCAUCUCAGUCAAGCCAGAGUUGCCAGCUCCCACACCAAUACGAGCCAAUGGCACAAAGCCGAGGGAAGAACCUGCGGCCUACAAUCCAGCCGUGGUGUAUGUCCUUGAGCUGGCCACGAUUCUAGCGCUGAGAGACGAGGAAACAAUCACUGAACUGGGCCCUGAUGUUGCAAAUGCGCUUUCUAACGUCACCAAGGAUGCCGACCGCCUACAUCCGGUUGCUCUUAGCCGAACAGUGUUCUAUCUGCUAUCACUCUUACGUGCGAGCAAUGAUCACGGCUAUAUUCGAGCGCCAGUCGUGCUCCACAACAUUGCUAGCUUCAGGCAGGAUCUGCUUGAAGAGUGUGCGCAACCAAUUCUGAAGGGCUUGUAUGGAUGCAUCUCAGGCCCGCAAGUCGAGCUCAGAAACGAAAUCGCCGCUUCGCCUGACUUCUGGAAAGUCCUUGAGCGACUUCACAACCAGCCAGAAGCCUCUGCACUCGUAUUCCAGAUUGCACAAUCUGUCGCUGGAGAUGGCGCCAAAGCUACAGUAACGCCGGACAACUACGAGUUCUGCAUACCUCUUCUCAAUGCGUUCGCAACCGCCGGAUCCGUUGGCGCGCGUUUUGAGCAGUAUCGUGAGCAAGUCGCAAGACAGCAACGCAACAAGAAAGGCCAGACCGAUGACACACCCGAGAAGCAAAAGCCAAAGAAACCUGAAGCGGUCGCACGAGGGGUCAAGGCAAUUGGCAUUGUUUCUCAACUUGCCUCUCGUGUACCUACACUCAUCAAGCAGUCUCAGCUCGAGACUGACGCUGCAUGGCGAACCUACUGGAGCCCGGUCUUUCGAUGUCUGGCUACGCAAAGCGUCAACCCUUGCCGAGAGAUCCGACAAACUGCGCUCGUCAGCCUGCAGAGAUGUCUUCAGUCACCCGACCUCGCGAGUCCCGACCACACGGAAUGGACGAACAUAUUUGGUGAAGUGCUCUUCCCUCUAAUUCAACAAUUGCUGAAGCCAGAGGUCUACCAAACCGAUCCGGUAGGCAUGAGCGACACACGAGUCCAAGCUGCUCAGCUCUUAUGCAAGAUCUUCCUCCACUAUCUUGUGCUCCUCAGCGAGUGGGAGGGCGUGCUCGAUCUCUGGAUAAGGAUACUUGGGAUCAUGGACCGACUGAUGAACUCCGGGCAGAGUCAAGACGUCCUUGCAGAAGCGGUCCCCGAGAGUCUCAAGAACAUUCUCCUCGUCAUGAGCAGCGGGGAGUACAUGGUGGCACCACCGAGCGGCGAAGAGGACGACGAGAGGACCGAGCUACAAAAGAGCUUGUGGACCGAGACGUGGGAGAGGCUGGAACGUUUCCUACCACAUCUCAUGAAAGAAGUCUUCCCCGACGCUUCGAAGGAACAUACCAAGACCACACCCCUUCCUGCUAAAGCCGAGUCCGAUGGGGGCUGCAGCACAGAAACUGCGGACUCAAAAGUCGACAGCGAGACGGCGAAAGAGGCCGAACCCGCUGCCGCAUGAGAGGAGAGAAGAGGCCACGCAAGCGCUGAAUCGAAUCACUUCCGGUGUGUUGGAGUGGUGGAAGAAAAGAGCUUCGUAUGCCUUCUCUUGGCACGACAAUUACGCAAUCCUUCACAUACAUAGAGCUGUAUAUUUGUCUCAGCCC